AGCAACCGGCUGGCAGAGGUCCGAGGCGACCAGCUCCGGGGUUUGGGCAACCUCCGCCACCUGAUCCUGGGCAACAACCAGAUCCGCCGGGUGGAGUCGGCCGCUUUCGACGCCUUCCUGUCCACCGUGGAGGACCACAACACCCAGUACUUCAACUUCGUGGAGCUGCCGGCCGCCGCCCUGCGCUUCAUGCCCAAGCCCGUAUUUGUGCCCGAUGUGGCCCUCAUCGCCAACCGCUUCAACCCCGACAACCUGAUGCACGUCUUCCACGACGACCUGCUGCCGCUCUUCUACACCCUUCGGCAGUUCCCCGGCCUGGCCCGCGAGGCCCGGCUCUUCUUCAUGGAGGGCUGGGGAGAGGGUGCCCACUUCGACCUCUACAAGCUGCUCAGCCCCAAGCAGCCCCUCCUGCGGGCGCAGCUGAAGGCCCUGGGCCGGCUGCUCUGCUUCUCCCAUGCCUUUGUGGGCCUCUCCAAGGUCACCACCUGGUACCAGUACGGCUUCGUCCAGCCCCAGGGCCCGAAGGCCAACAUCCUGGUCUCCGGCAACGAGAUCCGACAGUUCGCGCGGUUCCUGAUGGAAAAGCUGAAUGUGAGCCAGGCCGGGGGCGCCCUGGCUGAGGAGUACAUCCUGGUGUUCAGCCGCACCCAGAACAGACUCAUCCUGAAUGAGGCAGAGCUGCUGCUGGCCCUGGCCCAGGAGUUCCAGAUGAAGACGGUGACGGUGUCCCUGGAAGACCACGCCUUUGCAGACGUGGUGCGGCUGGUCAGCAACGCCUCCAUGCUGGUCAGCAUGCACGGGGCCCAGCUGGUCACGGCCCUGUUCCUGCCCCGCGGGGCAGCCGUCGUGGAGCUCUUCCCCUAUGCUGUCAACCCUGACCACUACACCCCUUAUAAGACGCUGGCCACGCUGCCCGGCAUGGACCUCCAGUACAUAGCCUGGCAGAACACGAUGCCAGAGAACACGGUCACGCAUCCCGAGCGGCCCUGGGACCAGGGGGGCAUUGCCCACCUGGACAGGGCCGAGCAGGCCCGGAUCCUGCAAAGCCGGGAGGUCCCCCGGCACCUCUGUUGCCGGAACCCCGAGUGGCUCUUCCGAAUCUACCAGGACACCAAGGUGGACAUCCCAUCGCUCAUCCAAACCAUACGGCGCGUGGUGAAGGGCCAUCCGGGGCCAAGGAAGCAGAAGUGGACGGUCAGCCUGUACCCCGGCAAGGUGCGGGAGGCCCGGUGCCAGGCGUCGGUGCAGGGCGCCUCUGAGGCCCGCCUGUCCGUCUCCUGGCAGAUCCCGUGGAACCUCAAGUACCUGAAGGUGAGGGAGGUGAAGUACGAGGUGUGGCUCCAGGAGCAGGGGGAGAACACCUACGUGCCUUACAUGCUGGCCUUGCAGAACCACACCUUCACGGAGAACAUCAAGCCCUUCACUACCUACCUGGUGUGGAUCCGCUGCAUCUUCAACAAGACCCUGCUGGGACCCUUUGCAGAUGUGCUGGUAUGCAGCACGUAGCGAGCAGCCUGGUCAGGCCUCCUGGGGUGGAGGCUCCUCUGGCUUGGAGACCCUGGGCCUGCCAGCCCCCCUGGGUGGCUUCUGGGAAUUAUUUAUUUAUUGAGCAGACCUCUGUCUCUGGGUCAUCUCACUGCAUCUGAGGUGAUGGGGUUCUCAGAGCGCCUCUUUGCGUAAGUGCGAUGGGGCCUCCCCACCCUCCUCUCCCAUCCUGAACAUCCAUACCCUAGAGAAGGCCUGAGUGGGGAGGAGAAAGAGGAGAGUAAGGAUCUCAAAGAACCUCUCUGGCUGAGUGAUCAUCCUGUUCCCCAUGAGGUCUUUCUGGUUUGUGUCGGGUUUCUGGAAACUGCUGCUAACUCUGUGGCUAUUUGGGUGGGUGUGGAUGUACAUCGGCUUCCAUCGUCAUGAAACUCAUCUGUAGCCCCACCAAGGGUAUGUUUGGAACAUUCAUUAAAUGAUUAUAAAUA